GCACAUGCUGUUGCCAUGAGACUAGUGCUUCCUAACCCGGGACUGGAUCUCCGGAUCCCAAAUUAUGAGGAUCUGAAGAGGCUGGAGAAGGAGGGUGCUGGGGACAGGCCAAAAUGGGACAACAAAGCCCAGUAUAUCCUCACCUGUGUGGGAUUCUGCAUUGGACUUGGUAACGUGUGGCGCUUCCCAUACUUGUGUCAAAGUCAUGGAGGAGGUGCAUUUUUGAUUCCCUAUUUAAUCCUGCUGGUGCUGGAGGGAAUGCCUCUCCUGCUGAUGGAGUUUGCCAUCGGCCAACGUCUCAGGAAAGGCAGUGUGGGAGUAUGGAGGGCCAUCAACCCUCAUUUGGCUGGUAUUGGUGUAGGCUCCAUGUUGGUGUCAUUUUUGGUUGGACUGUACUACAACACAUUAAUAGCCUGGAUCAUGUGGUAUCUCUUCAAUUCCUUUCAAAGCCCACUGCCUUGGGCCCAGUGUCCUCUUAAUGACAACAGGACAGGGUUUGUACCAGAGUGUCAGCAGAGUUCCACUGUGGAUUACUACUAUUACAGAGAGACCCUAAAUACUUCGGCCUCGAUCGCUGACUCUGGAGGGAUCCACUGGCCCAUCGUAGUUUGCCUUCUAGUUGCCUGGUCAGUAGUCGCUAUCUGCUGCAUACGAGGCAUCAGCACUUCAGGCAAGGCGGUGUACGUCACAGCUAUCCUACCGUACAUAGUGCUGUUCAUCUUCCUGAUCCGAGGACUGACUCUUAAAGGAGCCCUAAGUGGAAUAAAGUUUCUCUUCACACCUGAUGUGAAUGAGUUGAUUAAACCAACAACUUGGCUUGAUGCAGGUGCACAGGUCUUUUAUUCUUUUGGUUUGGCAUGGGGAGGCCUCAUCUCCUUCUCGAGCUACAACCCUGUUCACAAUAACUGCUUGAAAGAUGCUGUGAUUCUUACGGUUGUAACUGGCUUAACUUCAGUCUAUGCUGCAUCAGUCACCUACACCAUCAUUGGCUUCAGGGCAACGGAGAAAUAUGACACAUGUAUCAGUGAUAACAUCAUGAAGUUAUUAAAUGCAUUUGAGCUUCCUGAAGACAGCGUCACCACGAGCAACUAUGAAGAAACAUUCAAUCACCUCAACAGCUCAUCUCCUGAUGUUGUUCUUGGAUUGGACAUCAAACUCUGUAACAUGCAGAAACUUCUCAGUGAGGGAGUGGAGGGAACAGGUCUGGCCUUCAUUGUGUUCACAGAAGCCAUCACCAAGAUGCCCGGUUCUCCCAUCUGGUCUGUCCUCUUUUUUACAAUGCUUUUCUGUUUGGGACUCUCAACACUGUUUGGCAACAUUGAAGGAGUGGUGGUUCCACUGAAGGACCUGAAAAUAUUCCCUAAAGAUUGGCCCCAUGAAGCGCUGACAGGAAUAACGUGUAUUGUGUCCUUCAUCAUCUGCCUCCUGUUUGCACAGCAUUCUGGGUUUUACUGGGUAACCCUCUUUGACAACUUUGCUGGAUCUGUUCCACUUCUGACUAUUGGAUUUUUUGAGAUGAUAGCUGUUGUUUACAUCUACGGCAUAGACAGGUUCAAUGAGGACAUAGAGUUCAUGAUUGGAUACAAGCCCUCCAUCUUCUGGCAGAUUUCAUGGAGGCUCAUCAGUCCUUUAGUUGUUCUGGUUAUCUUAGUUUUCUACCUGGUUGCACAAGGACAAGAGGAGCUUACCUACUUAGUCUGGGAUCCCAAAUCUGAGGACUUCCCAUCUCUGGCGUCAGUGUCUUACCCUUCAUGGAUCUACGUGAUCAUCUUCCUUUUGGCGGGAAUCCCAAGUCUGACAGUUCCUGUGUAUGCAUUAUGUCGGCUGAUCUUUUGUAGCUGUAGAGGAAAAAAAUAAUCAGAUCUCUUUGAUUAUGAUAGCAGGCUCUUUUAGACUUGCCAUAAGCAUCUCUUUUAUGACCCAUGAACAUGUUCUUAAAGCACAAUGCUUGCACUUCAGUUAAGUUUUCAUAUUUCUGCAAAGUUUUUUUGCUGCUUUAUCUCAGGACUUUUCAAUCAUUACACUAAGGGGAUUAUUCGUAUGAACCUAAACCCGGAGACAGAAUACUGCUUUAUUACCGCCUCUUUAUCCUUGUUCAUUAUUUUUCCCUCUCAAUCAUUCUUUUGGACAAAACAUUGCAUCACAUUUCAAACAGGGCAGUUGAACAAUUUACUGUUAUAAUUACAACAUUUUAGAAAUUGCAAUA